AUGCUCGCUUCUCGUAGCGUUCGCGCCUUUGCUGCGCCGUCGCGCUCGUCCCCAGUCGCUGCUCGCGCUCUGCGAACAGUCGCUCAUGCGAGGCCUCGCCCGUUGAUCGCAUCAUCAACCUCGUCCUUGAUCGCAGACACUGCAUUCGCUCAUGUCGGGCGACGCACUCUCUUCACCAGGGCUCCGCCAACACCUCUUGCACGCACCAAGCAACUCGUCUAUCUCGUGUUCGCCAUCGCAGCCGGUACUCUCGGCGUUGCCUACUAUGCAGACUCUCGAUCCGCUAUCCACCGCUGGAUCGCCAUUCCAGCUCUCAAAGCCUUUUUGGAUCCAGAGUCAGCACAGAAGCUCGCUGUCAAGAUGCUCGAGACCGGACUCGCACCACGCGACCUGGUCGACGACGACGCUGUGCUCGAGACCGAGCUGUUCGGUAGGAAGCUCUCCAACCCCAUCGGUCUCGCAGCUGGAUUCGACAAGCAGGCGGAAGCCAUCGACGGCCUGCUCGACCUCGGCUUCGGAUUCAUCGAGAUCGGAAGCGUCACUCCAGAACCUCAACCGGGUAAUCCUCAACCUCGCUACUUCCGCUUGAUCGAAGACAACGCCUGCAUCAAUCGAUUUGGCUUCAACUCGGAGGGACACAACGUCAUCCUCAGCCGUCUCAGAGAUCGUAUCCGCAGGUGGCUGCUUCACUCGUCCAGUGUAGCCAGUCUGCAAGACGCGCUGGUUGCAUCCCCCGACUCGGCCACCCCGGAUGCCAGACAGCUGAUCGCAUCGCACCCGAAGAGUACCUCUGCCUUUGUCGAUGCAACCGACCUGCCUCGAAGCUUGCGACCAGCCAAGAUGCUCGGCAUCAACCUGGGCAAGAACAAGACCAGCAAGGAGGAGAGUGUCGAUGAUUACGUCAAGGGUGUCGAGCGUCUUGGUCCCUACGCGGAUAUGAUCAUCGUCAACGUCAGCAGUCCCAACACGCCUGGACUGCGCCGCUUGCAGCGUCGCGGAGUGCUCGAGGAUCUGCUCACCCAGGUCGCCAAAGCUCGCGAUAGCAUGGUCGAGUCGCACCUGCGUUUCUCGGACAAGAAGGUGCCCGUGCCACUGCUCGUCAAGAUCGCACCGGAUCUGAGCGAGGAGGAGCUUCACGAUGUGGCCGAUGCAGCACUUAAGAGCGGCAUCGACGGACUGGUCAUCAGCAACACCACCAUCUCCCGUCCAGCGUCGCUGCGAUCUUCGGAGCACGUCCGCGAGACGGGCGGCCUUUCGGGUCCUCCCGUCAAGCCGCUUGCUCUCAAGGCGCUGACUACUGUGAACAAACGCUUGCAAGGUAAGCUGCCCAUCAUCGGAUGCGGUGGAAUCGCCAAUGGUCAAGAUGCGCUCGACUACGCCAAAGCAGGCGCCAGCGCCAUCGAGCUAUACACUUCCUUCGGCUAUCAAGGUGUCGGUCUGCCGCGUCGUCUCAAAGAUGAGUUGGUGGAAUUGCUCAAAGCCGAGGGCAAGACGUGGAAGCAGGUGGUCGGGAGUGGACUCGAUCUGUCCAAGAUCAGCAUUGCAGCUCCUAACGCUGAAACGCCCACAGGACUGCACCCCGGCAGCGAUGCCGCGUUCGAAAAGAGCGUUGCCAGCGUAAAGCUCGAACUCGAUGGGUUGCGGGAAAAGUUCGGUCUCAACCAGACCCUCACCAAAGAAAACUUGCACAGCUUCCUGCCCACGCGAGAAUCGGAUGCCACGUACUACGACCUGAUCGAAAAAGCUCACUCUGCCUUGGGGCUCGAGUUUGCAGCUGGUGAAAAGACGCACGUAUCAGCGCCCUCCUCCACCGGCCUGUCUCGACAGCAGCCAGCGACGGCGGGCGAGAAGCAGGUGCAAAGGGCAGAAGAGAUCUUGCAAGAUCCCAAGGUUCCCAAUGUCAAGGUGGAGAUCAAGGACAAGACCAAAAAGGUGUUUGGCGAGACGACACAGGGCAAGGUGCAGGAGGCAAAGGAGAAUGCGGCGAAUCGCGAUUACGGCAAGAUCGACAAGGUUCGCGUUGUGUAG